UAAUGCAGAACAAUAUUUCACAAAUUCGGUGCCUGUUGCAGGACGUAAUCUGGUUAUUGAAUAACUUUUUUUGUCUCUAGCGUCACGUCACCACCGCCCAACCUCAUACGGAAUGGAAAAAACAAAUGACAUCACGUCAUAGUCCAUAUUAGGAGAGGCGGGUAAACCCAUGUAUGGCACUUCCGCCCGGAAGUGGUGCUGCGUGGGAUGGUAAACAAGGCGGGGCUUGCUUGCCGUUUGUUAAGUUAUGUUACGUUGCAAGUGGAAACGCUUUCAAGUCAGUCGCUGCAACUCACGGGAACAAGUACUGGACUCAACUUUCUUGAAGGACAGCUCGCGGUCUAAUUUGGCCCUUUUCUGCAUGAUAUACAUAUAUUUUUGUUUUCUUUGAGAUUAUUUGGGAGGUGUUUGUUUUUUUAUUUACCUUUUCCGAUCAUGACGUCAGUCGGCGAGCCUUUAGAAAUAAACAUCCCGGAGCUGGUUCGCCUCCUCGGGGAGCGCACCCCCGCCGGCUGCGUGGUCCUGGACUGCAGACCUUUCCCGGACUUCUCGCUGGGGCACAUCACCGAGUCCCGGAACGUCAACUGGAACUCGGCGCUGCGGCGCAGGUCCAAGGGCGCCGAGGUGGCCCUGGACUGGCUGAUCCCGGACAAGACGCUGCUGGGCCGGCUGCGGUCGGAGCCGACGGUCGUGGUCGUGGUCGACCAGGGCGGCCGCUCGGUCGGAGACCUCAAGGCGGACAGCGUGGCCCAAAUGUUGCUCGCGGCCCUGCCAAACGAAGUCCGCGCGCAAAGUUGCUUCCUGAAAGGUGGAUUUGAGGGCUUCUCAGAGGCCUACACAGAGCUCUGCUUCAGGAAAAAGUUCUCCGCAGCGGAAUCGGAGCCACCGGUCAGCUCGGGCCGGAAGACGCCGGCGUACGAUCGGGACGGCCCCGUAGAACUGUUGCCUUUCCUGUUUUUGGGCAGCGCCGGCGAGACCCUCACGUCGGCCGUGCUCAACGUGUCCUCCUCGUGCCCCAACGUCUUCGAGGGGGAGUUCCGGUACCCGCGCCUCAGCGUGGGGGACAGCCUGGCCGCGGACAUCCGAGCCCGCUUCUCCGCGGCCAUCGCCUUUGUCGAUGCCGCGAAGCUGCCCGGGGGCCGAGUGCUGGUCCACUGCCAAGCGGGGAUCUCCCGCUCGGCCACCACCUGCCUGGCCUACCCGAUGCACGCCCGGCGGGUUCGGCUGGACGAGGCCUCGGACUUGUCCCCCAACCUGGCGUUCACGGGGCAGCUGCUGCAGUUUGAAACGGACGUCAUGUGUCGGGGCUGACACUAGAAAAAUCGCGUGGACGCGAGGCGUGUCGCCAAAGUCCCGGGACCGGCGUCACGGGCGGAGUGAUUCGGGAGGCCGGGGAACUGCGGGAUGCUCAGCGCACGGAGAAGCGGCCACGCAAUGUCUUUGGAAGUGCUUUUGGGACGCCAGGCGCACAACGUUUCAGACACGCCUCAUACAUUUUGGUAUUAGCGCAAAUGAACGUGCGGCGAUGCUGCCGUCGCUGCACAAUAUUGUGCACAAAGCAAACAUGUAAAUAACACUUUUGUAUUUAUUGCUAUUGUGGAUGACGGCCGAGUUUGUUGGCACGUCAGCAAAUCAACUUUAUACUUGGAGAAAAAUUCCUGCUGAUCUUUUGUUUUUUAAGG